AGACAAGCCUGAAAGAGAGCAAGAUUUCCAGCUAAUGAUUGACAGGUGUAGGUCUGUGAACAGGGGCUAUAAAUCCCAGAGGUGAGCUCUCUAGCCACCCUUUGGGGAAAGGCCAACGACUGCAGGGAGCACUCAGGAUCUGCCUUCAGUGAACCAUGGGGCUCAGUGACCAGGAAUGGCAGCAGGUCCUGACCGUCUGGGGAAAGGUGGAGUCUGACCUCGCCGGCCAUGGGCAUAUAAUUUUAAUGAGACUCUUUCAGGACCACCCUGAGACCAUUGAAAAGUUUGAAAAGUUCAAAGGCCUGAAGACCCCUGAUGCAAUGAAAGGCUCUGAGGAUCUGAAAAAACAUGGAGCUACUGUUCUUACCCAGCUGGGAAAAAUCCUGAAACAGAAGGGUAAUCACGAAUCAGAGCUGAAGCCCCUGGCUCAGACCCAUGCGACCAAGCACAAAAUCCCUGUCAAAUAUCUGGAGUUCAUUUCUGAAGUCAUUAUCAAGGUCCUUGCUGAAAAACAUGCUGCAGACUUUGGGGCUGAUGCCCAGGCUGCAAUGAAGAAGGCCCUGGAGCUGUUCCGAAAUGAUAUGGCCGCCAAGUACAAGGAGUUCGGUUUCCAGGGUUAGCACAUAUGCACAAAGGAAUAUCAUGAUGGAGGCCUGGCCAAGCAUCUUAGAUAGCUUCCCCAGCACUGUUUUGGACAUCUCACAACUGGCCAUCCAUGAUGUGUGGGAAAGCUUUGAUGAGAGGCCAAGAGUCACUCCAGGCAGAAUAGAGGCACUCAGUGAUAUCCAUGAUAAACUGUUGUUUCUUGGCUUCAUGUAUACAAAAGAAAUUAUCUGCUUUCUUAGGAAAAAUAAUGUUAGAGGUUAUUUGUGAGCUUCUGCCUAUCUCCUUUCUCUCUCUCCCUCCCUCAGUCUCAUCUGAGAGGAAAAUGGCAUGGCCAGAAAUGAAGGGAUGUGGAGGAACAAGGGAAGUGUUGAGUGUGGUGAAUGAGAGAGUUGAAGGGAUGACCCAAAUGAAAGUGUUGUAAGGAUGGCAAGCAAGGACACAGAUUCCCAUUCUUCCCACAGGUCAGUCUGUUAGCAGGUUACUAUGGUGAGCUUCCAGCACAGUAUUACUUUGCUUUGUGAGGGCAAAUGCAACCGGUCAGUCUCCAGGGCCUGCCAGCUCUUGGAGGCUUUAGGUGUUAAACUUGCAUUAGCAAAACUAUAAAGAGCAGUACUGCCUGUGAUCUGUACGUUUCUGGCAGCCACCACUAUGUAUCUGAAGGUCUAUUGCACUGGGAAGUAAAGUAUGUGUUUCUCAGAAAAUAAAAAUCCCUGCACCAGU